AUCAAACUGACCGUUCAAUAAAUAGUUUCAGUUUUAUUAGAAAAAAAUAAGACAAUAUGUUCAAAUUAUUAGUUCUCUUUUCUAUGAUUUACUGCUGUCGAGCAUACUCCGGCGGAGCACCAGCGACAGUAUGCGGUGAUAUGAUACCUCAACAUCCAGUAGAUCCUCAAUCUUCACCUUUUCCAUACAAAAUAGCAGUUAGUAAAGAUCAAGUACAACCAGGACAAACCAUAGAGAUAAGCGUUAAUGGUGGCAGUUUCAAAGGGUUGUUGUUGCAAGUUAGAAACGGUGACAAAGCUGUUGGCGAGUUUGUAAUACCAGCUGACGAUAGGUACUUCAAACCUCUCACUUGUCACGGAAAUAAAAAUAGUGCUGUAACACACAAAAAUUCCGCUGAUAAAAAUAGCAAAACUUUAGUCUGGAAAGCACCAAAUGCUCCAGGAAAAUAUAGAAUACAUGUAACUGUGGCCAAAGAUGGAGGAGUAUUCUGGGCUAACGUGCCAAGCAAAUUUAUAACUGUAAAUUAAAUAUUUCCAAUUUUUGUUUUUAUCAAUGAAUUUAGAUUUUUUGGGUUAUUAUUCAAAACACUGUAAAUUUGCAGACUAUUCAUUUUUUUAGAUUAAACAAAUAUUAAACGA